AUGGCGGUCUGGCGAAGACGGAGAGGCCAACGUCAGGGCUCGCCGGUGGCAGCAGCAGUCACAGCGUCCGGUUGUUCAUUAGGUUCGCAAUCGCAGCCUCACUCGCGGGGAAGAACAAGGAUGGGGGCGGUAACGUCGUCUAUGGCGGCGAAGUUUGCGUUCUUUCCGCCGAAUCCGCCGUCCUACGGGGUGGUGGCGGAGGAGGGGACGGGCAAAGUAAGGAUGACUGGGGUGGCGGAGAAGGAUAACGUUGAUGUUUUGAAAGUGAAGACGAAGAGGGGGAACGAGAUCGUUGCUUUGUACGUUAAGAAUCCAAUGGCGAAGCUGACGCUGCUAUACUCCCACGGCAACGCUGCCGAUCUGGGUCAGAUGUAUGAUCUUUUCAGGGAGCUCAGCAUUCACCUCCGAGUCAACAUGAUGGGGUAUGACUACUCAGGCUAUGGACAGUCAACCGGAAAGCCAAGUGAACAGAACACUUAUGCGGAUAUAGAAGCUGUAUAUAACUGUCUUCAAGAGACUUAUGGAGUGAAAGAAGAAGAUAUAAUUUUAUAUGGGCAAUCUGUUGGAAGCGGGCCCACUUUGGAUUUGGCAUCUCGUUUGUCUAGAUUAAGGGCUGUGGUCCUUCACAGUCCAAUAAUGUCUGGCCUUCGAGUAAUGUAUCCAGUUAAGAAGACAUACUGGUUUGACAUUUAUAAGAAUAUAGACAAAAUCCCAUUGGUUCAAUGUCCUGUCUUAGUUAUUCAUGGUACUGCAGAUGACGUUGUAGAUUGCUCCCACGGGAAGCAGCUCUGGGAGCUGUGCAAAGAGAAGUACGAGCCCUUAUGGGUUAAAGGUGGCAAUCAUUGUGACCUGGAACUUUACCCAGAAUAUAUUAAGCAUUUAAAGAAGUUCAUAAAAGCUAUUGAAAAAUCAGCACAUUUGAAAAAUGGAUCUAUGCCAUCUACAAAUCAGACAGAAAAUGUGCGGAACAGCCUAGAUUGCCGACCUAGAGAAAGCGCAGAUCAGAGAGAAAAGUCUAGAUCGAGCACUGAUCAAAGAGAAAAGCCUAGAGCAAGCAUGGAUCGAAGAGAGAAAUCUAGAACCAGCAUUGAUAGGAGAGAAAAAUUGAGAAAGAGUGUGGAUUAUGCUGAGAAAGCAAAUAACAAUGCUGAACAGCCAGAGAAAGCAAGGAACAGUGUAGAUCGCUUUGGAGAUAUGAUGAGAUCUGCUGUUUUGCGCAAUAUUGACUGUUUCAAGCCUGUGGGAGCAAAGUUACGUUGA